CGGCCCGAGGGGGCGGGAGCCCCCCGGCCCCCGUGCCAAUGGCUGCGGUGGGGGGUGGCUCUGCCUGGACCUUCCCGCUCGGUUACAGGAUGGAAAUUCCCGGCCUCCCCGGGGAGGGAGCUCGGGCUCCGCGCUCUGAAAGGCUCAUUUAUCCCCGCGCUGCCGCCCAGAGCGGCGGAGACGGGUCCCUGCGCCGCAGCCCGCCCCGUCCCCGUCCCCGGUCCCGUCCCCCGGCGCAGCCCCGCGCCCCCAGCCCGCACCAUGCGCCGCGCCCCGGCCGCCGCCGCCGGCCCGCUGCUGCUGCUGCUGGCGCUGCUGCUGGCGGCGGCCUCGCCGCCCGGCGGCUCGGAGAGCCCCAAGGGGAAGCAGAAGGCGCUUCGCCAGCGGGAGGUGGUGGACAUGUACAACGGCGUGUGCUUGCAAGGCCCCAGCGGCGUUCCUGGACGGGAUGGAAACCCGGGAGCCAACGGGAUCCCCGGGACACCUGGGAUCCCAGGACGGGACGGGCUGAAGGGCGAGAAGGGCGAGUGCAUGCGUGAGAGCAUCGAGGAGUCCUGGACGCCCAACUUCAAGCAGUGUUCAUGGAGUGCACUUAAUUAUGGCAUCGAUCUUGGGAAGAUCGCAGAAUGUACAUUUACAAAGAUGCGUUCGAACAGUGCUCUCCGCGUUCUCUUCAGUGGAUCGCUUCGGCUAAAAUGCAAAAAUGCCUGUUGUCAGCGCUGGUACUUUACUUUUAAUGGAGCAGAAUGUGCUGGGCCACUUCCUAUUGAAGCCAUAAUAUAUUUAGAUCAAGGAAGCCCAGAGCUGAAUUCUACUAUUAAUAUACACCGAACUUCUUCAGUGGAAGGUCUGUGUGAAGGGAUCAAUGCUGGCUUGGUGGAUAUUGCCAUCUGGGUUGGGACUUGCUCAGAUUAUCCACGGGGAGAUGCUUCUACUGGAUGGAAUUCAGUCUCCCGAAUCAUCAUUGAAGAACUGCCAAAAUAACUUUCCCUCCAUUUUUAUAAUCUCUCCCUUUUUAUUUUGUACAAUUUUCUUCAGAAUUUAUUUCUAUAGAGUUGGAUGCAAGUAUUUGACUGAAAGGCACCAAACUCUUGCAUCUGUAGUCUUUGUGUAGCCUUUUUUUGCACAUUGCAGAGGCUUUUUAUAAUAAUCAUUUUAGAAUAUAAAUAUCAAAACCAAGUUCAUUAGCUUUUUUAAUUCCUUGUUUGAUGUAUGAAAAUAUACCACCACCAUUUUAAGAAUUAACUGUAACUUUUUGUAUCAAAUAAAUAAGACCUUUUAAGAAAAAAAAA